AUGAGUUCACCGUUGCGCCCCAGCAACUCAGCGGCAAAUCGCGGCUUGGGUAACUUGGGUCGUCGCAAGAGAGAUCGAGAGCUUGAUGAUGAGACCUCAUCGGUUGCCCCUCCUUCUAGUCCACCUGCAUCAUCACCUCCCAUGCUUCCAUUCGACGAUGAACUAGACCGAGAUGAAGAGGAUGAGCUUGAAGGAGACAUCGAUGAUAUCGAAGAGUUAGCAGAGGACGAAGAUGGCAUUGAUCUCUUCGCCGAUGGUUUCGAAAGAGACUACAAUGGUGAUCAGCAACAAUACCGGGGCGCAUACAUCAAUGAUGACGAGGAGCAAGAGGAACUCGAUAUGGCAACGCGACGACAGCUUGAUGCCCGCCUGAAUAAGCGAGAUCGGGAACUAGCACGCCGUCGACGCAUGCCCGCUGCCUUCCUCCAGGACGAUGAUGAGGAGGCUAAUAUGGACCUCAGCCGUCAAGUGCGUCGUAGAAGACACCAUUAUGAUGAGGACCGAGAUGAUAUGGAUAUGCAAGAUGAUAUUCUGGAAGAGGAGCUCUCUCUUGAAGAAUUAGGCGAUGUCAAGUCUGCCAAUUUGACAGAUUGGAUUUUACAACCACAAGUCAUGCGUACUAUUGGUCGUGAAUUCAAAGCCUUUAUGACGGAAUUUAUUGACGCUUCCGGCCGCUCUGUCUACGGAGAACGAAUCAAGACACUGGGUGAAGUCAACUCUGCAUCUCUAGAAGUCUCUUAUGAUCAUCUUGUGGCAGCAAAGGCUGUUCUGGGAUUUUUUGUCGCCAAUGAACCGACAGAAGUGUUGAAGAUUUUCGACCAGGCAGCACUUGAAACUACUCUCUACCAUUAUCCUCACUUUGCCGAUAUUCAAAAUGAGAUCCACGUGCGCAUUACUGAUCUCCCGCUUUGCUACUCACUGAGAGAGCUACGACAAUCCCACCUCAACUGUCUGGUCCGUGUUAAUGGCGUUGUUACAAGGCGAACCGGAGUGUUUCCUCAGCUGAAAUUCGUCAUGUUCCGCUGUAACAAGUGUGAAGUCACACUCGGUCCUUUCCAACAAGAGGCAGCACAGGAAGUCAAAAUAUCAUUCUGUCAAAACUGUCAAUCUCGGGGUCCUUUUACCAUGAACUCGGAGAAGACUGUGUAUCGAAACUACCAAAAAUUAACUCUACAAGAGUCUCCUGGCUCAGUCCCUGCUGGUCGACUUCCGCGUCAACGAGAGGUCAUUCUACUCGCCGACCUGAUUGAUAUUGCCAAGCCUGGUGACGAGGUUGAGGUCACUGGUAUUUAUCGAAAUAGCUAUGAUGCUCAACUCAAUAACAAAAACGGCUUCCCCGUCUUUGCAACAAUCCUCGAAGCCAACCACGUCGUCAAGUCCCACGAUCAAAUGGCUGGAUUCCAUUUGACUGAGCAAGAUAUUGAACAAAUCCGGUUGCUUUCUAGAGAGCCUGAUAUUGUCGACAAAAUCGUUCGUUCGAUUGCUCCCAGUAUCUAUGGACACGAAGACGUCAAGACGGCGGUCGCACUCUCAUUAUUCGGCGGUGUGAGAAAAGAGGCCCAAGGCAAAAUGGCUAUUCGUGGAGACAUCAAUGUUCUUCUUCUCGGUGAUCCAGGUACUGCAAAGUCACAGGUAUUGAAAUACGUUGAGAAAUCAGCGCAUCGGGCUGUAUUUGCAACGGGUCAAGGUGCCAGUGCAGUCGGUCUCACAGCCAGUGUCCGACGAGAUCCUCUGACUAGUGAGUGGACGCUGGAAGGAGGUGCUUUAGUGCUUGCCGACCGAGGUACAUGCUUGAUCGAUGAGUUCGACAAGAUGAACGACCAGGACCGAACCUCGAUCCACGAAGCUAUGGAACAGCAGACUAUUUCUAUUUCUAAAGCCGGUAUUGUCACAACGCUUCAAGCUCGCUGUGCGGUAAUUGCCGCGGCCAAUCCAAUAGGCGGUCGAUAUAACGCAACACUUCCAUUCUCCCAGAACGUUAUGUUGACGGAGCCAAUUUUGUCUCGUUUUGAUAUUCUCUGCGUGGUGCGAGACACGGUACAGCCAGCCGAAGAUGAGCGCCUUGCCAAAUUUGUUGUCGAGUCACACUCCCGAGCCAACCCCGCGAAGCCUCUUAGAGAUGCCACGGGCAGAACUAUCAACAAGGACGGGGAUUUUAUUGAUGAAGAAGGCUACCGCGUCGACAAGAAAGGCAAUCGUCUGCCACUUACUCUAGAGGAGCAACAGUCUCGCGCAGAAGCUCGGAGAAAGGCCGAGGAAGAGAAAGAGGGAGAGAUUCCACAAGAAUUGCUACGGAAAUACAUUCUCUAUGCUCGUGAGAGAUGCCAUCCGAAAUUGUAUCAGAUCGACCAGGAUAAAGUAGCGCGACUUUUUGCAGAUAUGAGACGCGAGUCCCUGGUCACGGGUGCUUACCCCAUUACUGUCCGUCAUUUGGAAGCAAUCCUGCGUAUUGCGGAGGCCUUCUGCAAGAUGCGCCUGUCGGAGUAUUGCUCAUCCCAAGAUAUUGACCGAGCCAUUGCGGUUACGGUCGAGUCGUUCAUUGGCAGUCAGAAAGUUAGCUGCAAGAAGGCUCUUUCAAGGGCAUUUGCCAAAUACACAUUGGCUCGUCCCAAGCCUCAGUCGAAGCGCAAGGCUGGCAUCCCCGUUGCUAAACCCUACAUGCAUCGGGAAAUCCAUGCUCCGAUUGACGAUGACGAGUGA